CAAAUAUGCACCAGUGCUACCAUCCGACCCUCAAGAGCGGGGCCAGGACCCAUCAACCCAUUUCCGGCUUAGCCGAGCUUUACCAGCAGUCCACUUGGGACAGUUGACAUCAUCGGCAGGGGCACAUCUCAGAUGCCGCCUCGAAGCGUGAAGCUUGAAGCUUAAAACACAUCCAUACCUGUAUAUCAAGCUGUCUCGGGCUCAAGCAACACCAUUCACUAUACAGCAGAAGAGUCAAAGACAGAAACAGGCAGACAUUCACCAAAUCCCGCACCUAAGAUGGCUUCAAAUCAAAAACCACUGAUAGAUCAGCUGGACAAAGACAAACUCAAACAGAAACUCGAUGUCUCCCACUUCGACUUUAACGCCAUCCUCCGAGGCGCCCAAUUGACCAUGGUUGGUGCUCACCGCGCGAUGCAAAACCCGGACCUCUUCACUUCUGAGCACUACAAGCAAGCUGCCAUUGCCGUCGGAGCCGGAAUCGCCAUUCGUCUUCUCAUCGUCAUCCCUCUUGUCCUCCUCCGGAUUCUCUUCUGGGUGCUCUCCUUCUUCGUCAACAUCCCCUGGGACGAGUCAUUCUUCACCUUCAUCGAAGAGCAUGUCCUCCAAUUUCCCCUCUUCUUCAUGAGCCUGGUCCGCUACAUCACACCUACUCUCGACGACUUGUUCAUGGAUAGCCUGCAGUGGGUGGAUAUGACGUAUAUUCAGAAACAUAAACAUGACGAGGACCCGUCCAAGCUGAGGGCUAUGUACUACCCCAGCCUGAGAUUGUACAAGAAGAGCGAUGGGAGCACCAACUCGACGAGCACGGCGGAGAACGUGAGUAUGUUUCUGUUUCGGUUCGCGAGACGGGGCGCGAUUAGCUUGGGGGUGUUUUUGCUGAGUUACUUGCCGUAUGUGGGGCGGUUUGUGCUGCCUGCUGCUAGUUUCUACACGUUUAACAAGGCUGUCGGGCUGGGACCGGCCGGGAUUAUCUUCGGAACGGGGAUUCUGCUGCCUAGGAGGUAUCUGGUUAUCUUCUUGCAGAGCUACUUUGCUAGUAGAGGCCUGGUCAGAGAGCUGUUGGAGCCCUACUUUGCGAGAAUCAAGUUUACCAAGGAGCAGAAGAAACAGUGGUUCCGGAGCCGUGAGGGGCUCUUGUUUGGAUUCGGCAUUGGAUUUUACACGCUGUUGAAGACUCCAUUGUUGGGAGUGUUGAUUUAUGGCAUUGCCGAAGCUAGCACUGCCUAUCUCAUUACCAAGAUCACCGACCCCCCUCCGGCCCCGGCCGAGGCCAAAGAGUUUGCAGCCGGUCAGGUCGAGUGGAAGAACAAGCAAAAGUUCCUAAGCCUGAGCCUCGACAAACUCGAUACACUCCACGACAAGCCGCCUGCCUACUCCGAGACAGAUCCACACCCAGAGGCAAAACCGAUAACUGAGCAAUGA